GUAUGUGAGAAAGGCAGGCAGCGCGAGCCACAGUGACUAAUUCUGUCCAGCUCCCUCAGAUACAUGUCAAACCACAACUUCUGCGCUUUCAGACGUGCAAAUCAAGCCUUUUUAUUGAGCCAACACUUCAAAUGCUUUAGUUUUCUACCAUAAACAAACAAGAUCAUAACGGGCUAAUCGUAUAAUCUGCUACACUUUAAUAUGUUGAAAUAUCUUGAGGGAAGUUGGUGCAGCACACACCAGUUGCGCAGCAGUAAGUGCUGCAGCAGGAAACUAUAGCUGUGUUUUAAAUCCUAGUGAGAGUUAUUUCCAGACAGAAGGUUUUCGCGCACAAACAUUAAAAAAAAAUAUGUUUUCUUUCACGAUGUCCAAAAGUGCUGCACGCGUAACAGUGGCGCAGGCGCGUGCCCAACGCCGUGUUUUCAGAUAGUUCACUGGGUUUUGACACACAGCCGGUGUAAUUUAGAGAAGUGUACUCCGAAAUGAUGUGUGGUUGAACAUGACAGGCCCGAUGACUCUUUUGCUUUCCUCACCACAAACCAGCUCCGUGCGAGAGUUAAUGCUGCUUCACACAGCGCGUCUUCCUCAUUAACACACACACGAGCACAGCGACCUCCAGCACUCAAUAUAACCGCGAUAAAGGACUUACAAGAAAGAAGCAGACGUGCUUGUAAUGCUCUGAAUGGUGAAGAAACUUUGCGUCAAGCUCAUUGAUCUUCCAGCAGUUCAUCGGCUAUGGAUCCGCCUGAGAACUCGGUGAACCGCAUCGGUCGCACUAUUUGGACCGUUUGGGGUUAUCUGUCAGGGGCUGUUGCGAGAUAUCUCAGGCCGGAAGUCACAGCUGAAGGAAACCAAAGUGUUCAUGCCAGAACAGAUGAAAUUGACUUGAAAAGUGCAGUAAACAAGAUUGACAGAGAAGUAAAAACGAAUAACAGCGACGAUGAAAAUGACAGCGCAGAGGUCAAGCGCUCCUCAUCUAAAGUCAGAGCGGCUGCUUCUGUACAGUGGGAAAACACUGGUGCGGUCAAGAGCGAUGAUGAUGAUAAACUCCAUGUUCAUACCACAAAAAAACAAACUUACAAUUGUGCAGCGUGGUCCACUGGGACAGAAACAGACAGCGAAGGACGCACGGCUGAGAAAGUUUCAUCCGAUGAGGUUCAGGCUGAAGAAGAACAUGCAAACUGUGAGAGUGAGGAGAGAGAAACCACACAAGAGCCGCAGGUCACUGGAGAGACUGAACAAACAGAUGGUGACAAUAAAGAAGAAUGUGAUGAGAAUCAUGAGGUUGAGAAGUGUGCAGAGAAGAGAGAAGACGCAGAUAACACAGACGUAAUGAUCCAGUCUGAGCAAGAUGUAGAACUGGACACACAGAUCAGCGUGACGGACCGCGGAGAGACACAAGACACCGGAGGACUGAAACAUGAACAUCCUACUGAUGAAACAGAGAAACAAAUCACUGUCCAGAAGAAUCAGGAGAAAACUGAGAACGAUGAAGAUCAGGGAACUGAACCACAAGUGCAGGAUUUACUGGAUUAUUUGACAGAUGAAGCAAACAGCAUUUCAAAGCCCGAGAGACUGAAACAAAUAGACAAAUAUUCUGAAGAAAUCUAUGAAUUCUCUCAAAGUGGGAUUGAGGAGAUGAGGCCUGGAAGUGCAACCGAGCAGGACGAGGAGAGUCAAACUGCACAAGACUUGGAAGAAAUUGGGAGGUUUGGACAAAAAGAUGGUGACGGUGAAGAACGUGAUCAGGAUCGUGAAGUUGAAAAGUGUGACGUGAUGAGAGAAGAUUGGAGUAACACAGACGUAAUGAUCCAGUCUGAGCAAGAUGUAGAACUGGACACACAGAUCAGCGUGACGGACCGCGGAGAGACACAAGACACCGGAGGACUGAAACAUGAACAUCCUACUGAUGAAACGGAGAAACAAAUCACUGUCCAGAAGAAUCAGGAGAAAACUGAGAACGAUGAAGAUCAGGGAACUGAACCACAAGUGCAGGAUUUACUGGAUUAUUUGACAGAUGAAGCAUACAGCAUUUCAAAGCCCGAGAGACUGAAACAAAUAGACAAAUAUUCUGAAGAAAUUGCUGACGUCUCUAAAAACCAGAUUGAGGAGAUGAUGCCUGGAAGUGCAACCGAGCAGGACGAGGAGAGUCAAACUGCACAAGACUUGGAAGAAAUUGGGAGGUUUGGACAAAAAGAUGGUGACGGUGAAGAACGUGAUCAGGAUCGUGAAGUUGAAAAGUGUGACGUGAUGAGAGAAGAUUGGAGUAACACAGACGUAAUGAUCCAGUCUGAGCAAGAUGUAGAACUGGACACACAGAUCAGCGUGACGGACCGCGGAGAGACACAAGACACCGGAGGACUGAAACAUGAACAUCCUACUGAUGAAACAGAGAAACAAAUCACUGUCCAGAAGAAUCAGGAGAAAACUGAGAACGAUGAAGAUCAGGGAACUGAACCACAAGUGCAGGAUUUACUGGAUUAUUUGACAGAUGAAGCAUACAGCAUUUCAAAGCCCGAGAGACUGAAACAAAUAGACAAAUAUUCUGAAGAAAUCUAUGAAUUCUCUCAAAGUGGGAUUGAGGAGAUGAGGCCUGGAAGUGCAACCGAGCAGGACGAGGAGAGUCAAACUGCACAAGACUUGGAAGAAAUUGGGAGGUUUGGACAAAAAGAUGGUGACGGUGAAGAACGUGAUCAGGAUCGUGAAGUUGAAAAGUGUGACGUGAUGAGAGAAGAUUGGAGUAACACAGACGUAAUGAUCCAGUCUGAGCAAGAUGUAGAACUGGACACACAGAUCAGCGUGACGGACCGCGGAGAGACACAAGACACCGGAGGACUGAAACAUGAACAUCCUACUGAUGAAACAGAGAAACAAAUCACUGUCCAGAAGAAUCAGGAGAAAACUGAGAACGAUGAAGAUCAGGGAACUGAACCACAAGUGCAGGAUUUACUGGAUUAUUUGACAGAUGAAGCAAACAGCAUUUCAAAGCCUGAGAGACUGAACCAAAUAGACAAAUAUUCUGAAGAAAUCGAUGAAUUCUCUCAAAGUGGGAUUGAGGAGAUGAGGCCUGGAACGGAGCAGGAUGAAGACACCACAAACAGGGAACAAGACAUGACUAAAUAUGAGCUAAUAGAGUCCGCAGAAACCCUGCAGAGAGAAUCCGAAUCAGAAAAACACGUACCAAAUGAUGAAACAGAACUGAAAAUGCCCACAGUAACGGAUGAAACCGUCGAUUCGUUAGAAGACACCCUGCUGUCGGAUUCAGAACAGGACACUUUAGAAAAUACUCCAGAAUCAGGAACUGGCUCAUCUGUGCUGGCCACCAAAACUGAAGGCAUGUUUUCAGAUCUGACUGUUUGUGAGUUCCCCGGAGAAUCGAAGCUACACGAUGCCCAAAGUCCUGCAGGAGAGCGAGCAGAAAGAGACUCUGAGGACGACACUGAAACUCUAAUCCAAGCAGAGCGUCAGCAAAUACACAAAACCCAGCUCUCGCUCGAAGAACAUGUUGAAUUCAGAACUGAACUGAUUGUUGAAACAGAAGACGAGGAAGCAGAAGCCUUUGAGACAGAAAGUCGAUCAGCGGUCAUCAGAAAUGUCACUUUACAGCCACACGAGCUUCUUGAGUUCACAGGAGGACAAUGCACAUCGUCUCAAGGAGCAAUGGACACUUUCAGUGAAACGCAGGGAAAUGCGAGCGCGUCUGAUAUCACUGGAACUGCAGAGCAUGUUUCAGAGGACCAAACAGAUGUCAAACCCGUAUCAAUGAGGUCUUUGAGCCCAACACAGCUUCUGGAGGAACCUCUAGAUCUGCAGGCAGAUGUGGCGAAGACCGCUUUAGAGUACGUAGAACAAAUAACAAAUCAAGUCUUGAAGGAAAUGAAAGAAGCAGAAUGUAACUUGGUGCAAAAAACAGAACCGUUGGUAGGACUUUCAACAGAAGAAGCUGGUGAUGCAGAACAUCAAGCCCCUGCGCAGUGUGUGUCAGAUGCUUCUGUCCUGGAAGAAGAGCGGACGUUAUUAGCCGAGACGAUGGACAGUAGUGAAGAACAUAUUAGUUCAGCGGAGUGUGAAAACACUGACGGACGUCAUGAGCAGAUGCAGAAGUCCAUCGCUGGAGAAACAGUGUUGAGAAGUCACGAGGACUUGAUGGAAGUCAGCAGACCUGGGAUGAAAAGAGGAUUUGAUCAAGUGAGCAAAGGCCUUCCAGAGGUGAAGACAGAAGGAGAGUUUAAUCUGAUCCUGCAGGCUUUCGAGGACUCCUCGUUAGACUUCAGCGUUCAGAAGUCUAGAAUCGCUGUGAAGAAUCCGCUCGUCCGGCCUCCCAAAGACCCCAGAAAGCUGCUCUUCAGAGCCUCGGCCGAACCUCUUCCACAGCCUUCGGAUCGCAGUCGGACGCUCCAGGUCUCCGCUCCGAGCAAAGGCAUGAUUGGAUUUAAACUCCCAGGGCUGGGCGCAGGGCUGCCGGUGCUGAGAAGAACGGAGUUUGUGCAGAAAGCAGAAGCCGAGCGAACACUACAGCCACAGCAGAAGUCAGUUGCAGUAACAGAGGAUUCUGUCAAACAAGAGCAAGUGCCAGCUAAACCCAAAUGGACUCCUCCAAGGCAUCCUGGCAUGGGGAGUCCAUUCAUGAUGGCAGAACUCAAAAACAAACUCAAGAAGCCGGUCCAGGAGUAAUAUUUCAUAACAUCAUGGUUUUCAGAUGCAUUCUUCUUUUUUUGUCUUAAUCAAGCACUAUGUAGCCUGGUAAAUAAGUUAUUCCACCGCAACACAGCAUUUCAUUUUACUUCUGCUAUUUUUUUGCUUAGGAAAUAGUGAGAGUCUGAGCUGCGAACAGACAUUUCUCAUGCAUUUCUCAACAUCUGUACAGUGUCUGUAUUUACUUAUAUUUGAAGAAAAUAAGUAUGAGAAAUUAUUACAAACUAAAAAUUAAUAAACAUUUUUGCACUUUUUUGCAGCACUUAAACUUUCUGUGGCUGUAGUUCAAACUGUCAUAGCCACUAUUUAUCACUAGCGGGCAGCAAAGAGUCUCUGCUGUCGUUUUGCCUCUAAAGGGCAGAGGAGAGUCGCUGGCUGUCAUAUGUAUCAUAUUUAAUACUAUUUUAUUGCUAUUUGUUAUUGUUAUAUUGUACAUUUCUUUUUCUUGUCAUUACUUGCUGUGUGUAUAAUUCUUUGGCAAUAUUGUAUGUAAAGAAUCAUGGCAAUAAAUUGAAUGGUAUGUCACUGGA